AUGUCGGACCUGGGACCUGUCGUUGACCUGGGAUACACAGCUUUUGCUGGAAAUGACACGUCUCCAAGUGGCAUACAACAUGGACCAGUCGUCUUCUUCGGGGGUAUUCCCUAUGCUCAACCACCGGUACACGCUCUUCGGUGGAGAGCUCCUCAACUAUUGGAUGAGAGUAUUGUCACGAGCGAGAUCGUGGACGCGAGGAAUUGGGGACCGCCUUGUUUACAAGUCCCAGCAAUGGUGGGUGUUGGUUCAGAAGAUUGUUUGACGUUAAAUGUGUGGAAGCCCAGAAAUGCAAGCAAAGGUGAUGAACUUCCUGUGGCUGUCUACAUACAUUCGCCUCAAGGGUUCCCAUUAUAUGAUUGGGUCGAACAACAUCACAGUGGAUUGGUUGGCGUCUCCAUCGCGUAUCGACUCGGGAUUUUAGGAUUCUUAGGCGGGCAUUUGAUUGCCGCCGAUGGAGAUUUGAAUGUCGGCCUUUUAGAUCAACGCGCGGCUCUGGAGUGGAUAAAACGAAAUGUACAUAACUUUGGUGGCAACCCCGACAGCGUCACUAUAUACGGUGAAAGUGCCGGAGGCGCAAGCGUAAUGAUGCAAAUUACGGCCUAUGGCGGAACGCGAGCCCUCCCCUUCAAACGAGCAGUAGCGCAAUCCAUCGCAUUCGGGCCCACACGUACAGAUGUCGAGGUCGAACAAAGCUUCAGUAACGUCGCGCAACUCGUCGGAUGUCCGUCGCAUGGCACGGAUGCUUUGAAAUGUCUUCGAAAUGCAUCUCUUGGUGCUAUCGUCAGCGCAAGCAAUCGCCUUCCGAGCACAGAACCUUCACAGUUCGCGCCAGUGGUAGAGGGACCGGCAGGUUUCAUGCCUGGGCUUCCAACUCGAUUGAUAGCAUCUGGAAAAUUUAUCCCUGUGGAGUACAUUGGAGGCCAUUGCACUGGAGAUGGUCGUACCUUCACUCUCGGCCAGCCCAGUGACUUCCAAACUGAUGAAGAUAUCAAGAAAUUACUCCUCUAUUGGUGGCCAGCCCUUUCCAACGCUACCUUAUACAAGACAUUGAAAUUGUACCCCUCACCAGAUGUUCCUGGAAGCCCAUUCUCCACGCAAUGGAAUCGCGUGUCGACGAUUGCGAGAGAUAUCGAUUUCUGGUGCUUAAACUGGUUUCUUGCUGAAAAAUUGGCCGAUCACGGCGUGGAUAACGUGUAUUCUUAUGCAUGGGACGCACCGGACACGGUGUUAUACGAGGCCCAGCCUUAUCUUGGCGCCAUGCAUACUUCGGAUGUUUACUAUCUCUUUUCCGGAACAAAUACAUUUGGAAAUGCGGGUAAUACGUUUAACCCAUUCAAUGCCAGCGAGGCUAUCCUUUCCAAAGAAGCCAUAGCAUAUUGGACAACGUUUGCUUCAACCGGAGACCCGUCUUCGUUCAAAGGUACUGCUUCUGCCUCCUGGGAAAAGUAUGUCGUGCGUAAUAGGACUCGACAACGGAUGGUCUUCAUUCGAGGAGACGAUACAAUGACUGCGUCACGGAUGAAGACAAUCACUAGCGUUGAAAUCGAUCGGUGUAAAUUUUGGAUGAGUGAAGAUACAAUAGCCGAGUUGCGAAUCUAA